AUGGGGUUGGAAUUGGUCACAGGACUGCUUUUCCUCUUUCUAACAGUAUUUGGCCUUGUAGGAAACAUCUCUGUUUUCGUCAUUUAUAUGUGUAGGUUUGGAGGAGGCACUGACAAGAAAUCUAUACAAUUUAUUCUCAUGCAUGUGAUUUUUACAAAUAUUGUAAUGCUUCUUUCCAAAGGAUUGCCAAGGACAAUAGCAGCUUUUGGCCUGAAGAACUUCCUUAGUGAUAUAACCUGUAAAAUAAUUGUUUAUAUGUCAAGAGUGGCCCGGGGCUUUUCAAUAUGCACCAGCAGUCUGCUCACCAUAGUCCAGGUCAUCAUCAUCAGUCCCAAAGCUUCUGGAUUGUACAGGUUCAAACCCAGGUCUGUUUGGCACAUCUUUCCUUUGUUGGUCUUCUUUUGGAUAGUCAACUCCUUGAUAAGCAUAAACUUACUCUACAUCCAUUAUGUCCCUAUGAACACAUCACAACUUAGCCAAAGUGACAACUAUUGCUUUUUUAUACAAGGAAAAAUGAAGAAAGAAAACGAUAUUCCUUUCACUUUCAUGGUUCUGAGAGAUGUUUUGUUUCAGGGUAUCAUGGGUUCAACCAGUGGCUAUAUGGUACUUUUUCUCCUUAAACAUCACCAACGUGUUCUCUACCUUCAGAACGCCAAGCUUCUCUACACAACUCCUGAAAUAAAAGCUGCAAAAAGUGUUCUUCUUCUGAUGCUUUGUUUUCUUUUCUUCUAUUGGACAGAUUGCUUUAUUUCUUUACAUUCAAAUUUCUCAUUAGAGAAUUAUUCCAUAAUUCUAUAUAUUCAGUAA